AUGCCGGACUGUACUCUUCAGAGGAUUUGGAUCACGGACCAGAAUAAUCCUGCCUACCACCCAAGAAGUAUCCACAGCUUUUCAGUCGCCAAUUUUGCGAAUUCAGACGUGGAAGGUCUCUCUAAUACGCUUUUCUGCAUUGCAGACGGGCAGCUUAUGGUUUGUACUAUACAGCGGGAGGAGAAGACUGUCCCCAGGAGAAUAGGGUUGCCAGGCAGCGCCACUAAGCUGGCAUAUUCUCAGUAUCUGAAGAGCUUGGUUGUGGCAUACAGCCGAACUGAAUUCGACACUGACGCGGAUCCUAUCAAGCGCUUCACGCGGUCUCACAUUGAGUUCGUCGAUCCUGAUUCACAGCAAGCCAUCUGUGGUCCGGAGGAUAAACUCAGGCCCUGGAGACCGCAUGGAGCAGCUGGAGAGAAAAUCAGUUGCAUUCUAGAGUGGACACCCAAGAAAGGUGAUGAGGAAUAUCACUUCAUUGUUAUUGGUACGGCCCGUAAAAACCAGCAGGACCGAGGCCGGGUCAUUUUUCUACAAACGUCAAGGAUGUCGUCAGAUCCUUCGCAAAUCGAAUGUAACGUGAAAUAUGUUCACAAAUUUGAGGGACCGGUUUAUUCGAUCGCACCAUAUGACCAGAUGGCUUAG